GCUACAGAUCAUACGACGUGAGCUGUCAGCUGUAAUAAUUUUUUGUUUCUUUGUGUUUAUUACGCCUAAAAAUGUUAUGAUCGUUACAAAUAAGUGACUAUGGGUGCGAAAGAUUCAAAACCAAGUUUUAUAUCUUACGAAGAUGCGGCUAAACGAGUGUCUGAUAAUGAAUUGAGGCGUAUACGUGAAGCAUUUAAGAGAUGUGCGGGAGCAAACGGCUCAACCCUGAGCCUGGAAGCAUUUGUCCAUGAAGUGUUGUGCGAUGGAGUUCCGUAUGAAGUUGCAGAGUGGUUGUACCAGGCUUGUGGAGGUACCAAACGCGGUAUUACAUUCAAGGACUUGCUCUGUGGUGUUGUUGUCCUAACUAAAGGAAACAUCGAAGAAAAGAUAAAGUUCCUCUGGACACUAUAUGUGAAUAAUCAAAGUGAAAAUGGCACAUACAUUUACAAAAAGGACUUUGCUAAAGCCCUGCACUUGGAAAACUCAUCCCUUCCAGUAACAGAAGCACAUCGCACAGUGGAAAUUCUCACAAGCCUGUUUGGCAGUGGAGAAAAAGUCACAUUUGAUCAGUUUCGUUCCUGGCUACUUAUUCACAAAGACGCCACAGUGCUAUCAAAGUGGCUCCUGUAUGAUAGGAGCCAUGUAGUUCAAGACUUGGAGACACCAACAUUUUAUCAAAGUCUAGCUGGUGUUACUCAUCUGGAGGAAAGGGAUAUAAUAGAGCUAGAGAAAUGUUUCUGGUCGCUCCGCAACUCGGCGCCGACGGGCGAGCUGGACGCGAGCAGCCUUCGCGCGCUGCUAUCGCCGCCUCUGCCGCGUGCCGCCUUCGAGGGCACCUUCUUGGCCUUCGACGAGAAUCGCGACGGUCACGUCGACUUCAAGGAACUGUGCUGCGGCCUCAGCGCCGCCUGCCGGGGACCAACCACAGAGCGGCUCAAGUUUCUUUUCAAGAUAUUUGACUUGGACAGAGAUGGGAUUCUGAACAAGAAGGAAUUGCACGAUAUGGUAGAAAUCUUGUGCACAGUUGCUAACGAGGCCUUAAAGAAUCAGGGUUCGCGUUCCUCAACACCGUCAGAUGGAGAAUCCGAAAGCGAGAAGGGCUUCGAUCCUGUGACGAUUUUGCUAAACCUUAGAGACAAGUUGGUCGUAGUGCCCAACGAGGGUAGGAAACCUGUAUUUCACCUCGGACCCACUAAUGGUGAAGAUAUAGUAAACGUAGAAGAGCAAGCGCUUCGCGCCGAAGAGUUCUUAAUAUGGGCGGUAGAGAGCGCAGAGGCGCUGGUGACGCCCUUCCUCGAGCUGCUGUUCGACGUGUGUCACGUGGUGCUGGGCCUGCGCCCGCAGUGCCGCCAUCGCGAACGAGACGUCGUACUGAGCUGGUUGCGGCGCGAGACGUGCCGCGGGCUGGCCGUGGGGCAGUUCUGGUACCUCGUGGCGGCCGACUGGUGGGGCGCCUGGCUGCACCACGCGUCCGCGCCGCCGCACGCCUGCUGCCGCCCGCCGCGCCUCGACGACCUCGUGUGCGACGACAGCUUCACCACCAACUCCACCGAGUCGAUGGGGUCGCUGCUGUGGCGCGCGGAGAGCGCGUCGCUGGGCAGCGCGGGCGGCAGCAGCGGCGUGAGCGCGGGCGGCGCGCCGCGGGCGCCGCCGCACCCGGGGCCCGUGGACAACUCGCGCCUGCUGGAGCCCGGCGCCGCCGCGCCCGGCGCGCGCACGCUGACCGGCGAGGGCGGCCACCUGCGGCGCGACGCCACGCUGGCGCAGCACCGCGACUUCGAGCUCGUGCCCGACGCGCUGUGGCGCGCGCUGGCGCUGUGGUACGGCGCGCCCGACCCGCUGCCGCGCCAGGUCAUCCGCCCGCCCGGCGCCGACGUCGAGCUCGAGCUCUACCCGCUGCAGCUGCACAUCUACCGCCACGUGCCUAGCGCGCACAGUGACGCGCUGUACGCGCCGGCGCCGCCCGAGCGACAGCUCGCCUACACGGCCGCGUUCUCGCGCCUCGCCACCGUCAAGCAGGUGACGGAGUUCCUGUGCGGCGCGCUAGGGCUGGCACGCGAGGACGUGCGGCUGUGGGCGCUGGGCGCGAGUGCGAUGGGCGGCGCGGGCGGCGGCGCGCUACUGCUCAACGACGAGCGGCCGACCCUGCUGGCGCUGUGCCUGCCCGAGCGCGCGCGCCUGCUGCUCGAGCUGCGCAACCCCGACCUCACCUGGCCCGAGGAGAUCGGCGCGCUCGGGGCGAGCGCGGCGGGCGCGUGCGGCGCGGCGCGCUGGGCGGAGCGCCGCGAGACGCUGACGGCGCCGCAGAUGGCGGGCGCCACGGGCCUGCACAACCUCGGCAACACCUGCUACAUGAACGCGGCGCUGCAGAGCGUGUGGAACACGAGCACGCUCACACAAUACUUCAACUGCGGCAUGCACCUGUACGAAGUGAACACAACCAACCCGCUCGGGACCAAAGGCAUGCUCGCCAUACGCUUUGGCGAGCUUUGCAAAGAGGUGUGGUCGAGCAGCGCGCGCUCGGUGGCGCCGCUGCGCGUGCGCUGGUGCGUGUCGCGGCACGCGCGCGCGCUGGCGGGCGGCGGCCAGCACGACGCGCAGGAGCUGCUGGCGUGGCUGCUGGACGCGCUGCACGAGGACCUCAACCGCGCGCCGCCGCCCGCGCCGCGCGCGCCCGCCGCGCCGCCCGACGGCGACGACCGCCCCGACGACCGCCCCGACCAGGUACUAGCGGCAGAGGCGUGGGCCGCGUUUACGGAGCGCAACCAGUCCAUCAUGACGGAGCUGUUCUACGGGCAGCUGAAGUCCAAGGUGCGCUGCAGCGCCUGCGGCCUCGAGUCGCGCCGCUUUGACACCUUCAACAUGCUCAGCUUGCCGUUGCCCAUGGAGAGCUACGUGCGCGCCACGGUCCGAGUGAUACUCCAAGAUGGAUCAGUGCCCGUUAAAUACGGCGUGCGGGUCAACUCAGAAGGAACCUAUUUAGACUUGAAGAAGAAUUUAUCUGAACUCUGUGGCUUAGCUCCAGAAUCCAUGCUGCUGGUGCAGCUGGCGGGCGCCCAGCUGGGCCGCGUGCUGGCGGACGGCGAGCGGCCGUCGGGCCUGGCAGCCGACCUCGUCGCUUACCAGCUGCCGCCGCGCGAUCCAGACCCAGACCUGCCCGACCACGACUUAGAACUGGAUCUCGACGAGACGGAUUCGGGAGUGACGGAGGGCUCGGUGGACGGCGCGGCGGGCAGCGACGCGGACGAGAUAGAAGUCGACGCGGAGGCCGAGGCGGAGGCCGAGGCGGCGGCGGGCCGCGGCGAGGUGAGUGUGGCGCAGCGCGCCUCCUCCUCGCUCUGCAUGCCCGCUCUCUUCUGCUUCAAGCGCUCCCGCUCCGAGGCGCUGCUGGCGCGCCACACGCUGCCGCGCGCGCGCGCCCCGCCCUCGCCCUCGCCCAGCGCGCGCUCGCUGGCGCCGCGCCGCGUGCCCUCGCCGCCCGCCCCGCCCGCCCCGCCCGCCCCGCCCGCCGCGGACGUGCACUACCUCGUCGCUGUGCACAGGAAGCAGGUGGGCGUGGACGCGUACUUCGUGCCGUGGCAGCGCGCGCGCGUGGCGCUGUUCGGCGUGCCGCUGCUGGUGCGCGCGGGCGCCGGCGCCAGCGGCCGCCAGCUGUACGCGCGCGUGUGGGCGCAGCUGGCGCGCCUGCUGUCGCCGCGCGCGCGCGCCUGCGCCGCCAACCACGCCACCGACUGCGACGACAGCCUGGGCUACGAGUUCCCGUUCACGCUGCGCGCGGUGAGCGGCGCGGCGGGCGCGCUGUGGUGCGCGCGCUGCGCCUGGCCGGCGCUGUGCCGCGGCUGCGCGCUGCCGUGCGACGACCGCCCGCUCGUCGCCGCUAACGGCACGAUGCGCGCACGACGACGCUCGAUGGGUGCGCGCUCGGCGGACGCGCCGGACUCCAACUCGCCCAUCGCGAAGGCCAAGCUCAACCGGCAAACCAGCUCGCGGCUCGACGAUAACGAUGUUAGUUAUACAUCUGGUCGCGGUACACUCCGACGACUAGAGCUCGAUGGUCGCGUUAUGUUGGCCGUCGACUGGGAUCCCACGGCGCUACAUUUGCGGUAUCAAGCCGCGAGAGAAAAGGCUUUUGUAGAGCACGGAUCGGUCGCGGCGAGCGCCGCAGCGGCCGCGCGUGCCGUAGACCUGGCCAGCUGCCUACGCGCCUUCACGCGCGAGGAGCGCCUGGAGCAGCGCUACCACUGCGCGCGCUGUCGCGCCAAGCAGCCCGCCACCAAGAAGCUGCAGAUCUGGCGCCUGCCGCCCGUGCUCAUUAUUCACUUGAAGCGGUUCCAGUACGUCAACAACAAGUGGAUAAAAUCACACAAAGUUGUCAACUUUCCAUUCCAAGACUUCGAUCCCACCCCGUACCUCGCCUCCGUUCCUCAGGAAACGAUACUCCGGCACAUGGAGCUGUCGAACAUGAACAAAAAACGGUCUUCCAUGUUUGUCGAUGUCGACGAGCGCAUAUCGGAGAGUGAUUCUGAUCAUUCUGACGAUGAGGCGAAGUCCGUUGAAAUGUCAAAUGACGUAUCGAGAAGUGAGCCAAGCGAUCGAAAUAGUCGAGAGUCCUUGGAGAUUAGGGAGAGAAAGAGGCUGGAGUCAACGAGUCUGACGCACACGCCAGUGCUUGACGACAACCUUGUCGAUUACCACCAGCACCGCCUCAAGCCCGAUCAGGAUCCCUUCGACCUGAAGUACCGCCUCUAUGCCGUCGUGUCGCACUCGGGCCAGCUGUCGGGCGGGCACUACGUGGCGUACGCUCGCAACCCGAGCGGCGCGUGGCUGUGCUACAACGACUCGUCGUGUCGCGAGCUGUCCGCGCGGCCGGCGCUGGACGCGGGCGCCGCCUACCUGCUGUUCUACGAGCGCCGCGGUCUGCACGCCGACGCCUACGUGCCGCGAGUGCCCGCGAACGCUCCACACCCGCCCCGCCCCGUCCCUCCCGACGACGACGACCUCGGCCGCGCCUGCGUGCUAGUCUAGGGUCUUCCGCACGCCUGCACGUACUCCAGCGUGUCUGUCUAGCGUCACUCGCAACGCGCUUGCCUGCAUGCUCGUCGAGUGUCUCGCGCACGAUCGUCAAACUCAUGCGUGUCCGUCGGGUUAGCGGAUCGAUUCAAAACGUUUGUCUUAGUAUCAUACAUCUAGGAUGAUAUAAAACGCGUAAUUUUACCGAUAUUACUCGUAUAUCUACGUACUGCAUUCGUUUAAUGUAAAAAUAUUACAAAUAUCGGUCGAAAUCGUGUAGUAAAAUUUGGAACGGCAGUCAAUUUUUAAAACUGCUCAGUAUCUAUUGGCGUUUGUAUAAUAAUUAUUUCCCCAUAUGUACUAUACCAGCUCCAUCACUACAAAUAUCAUGUUACGAUACUUUCGUAUCAAACAUAAACCCUAGACUACGAAGUUCUGAAAUAAUUCAAACUUGCAAUGAUUAAUAAAAUGAAUGUAUGUU